CCACCCUGUCGCUCAUUUCGUCCAAACAAGUAUUUUUAUUCGAUAAAUUGAACGAAUUCGUCGACUGUCUUGGGAAAUUUUAAUGCGUUGUGGUGGGUAACGGCGCGUUAUUCCCUUUGUCGGAAUUCCGAACAACAUCUGCCUGCCAUGUGCGACACGGUCUCGUGAAAAUAUCAGAAAAACCACCCUUUGUAAUAAUGGAAUGGUUGCAGAUGGAGGGCGGAGAAUCCCCCUUGGAGGUGCUGUCGAGGGCCGCCACCAUGGUCCAAGAAAACCAGAACGCGCUAGCCUCAGCAGAGGAGUCCUCGAAACAGUCCACCAACAAGCAGCUCCCCACCACAAAAUGGAAAAGGGAUCGUCGCUCCCGACUUCCGGAGUACUCCCGGAAGUCCGAUCCGAAAAUCGCCGAAACUUUCGGAACAGAACCUCCGAGUCCGACGACGGAAGGGCCGAAUCAUCCAUCGACCAAUGGUCAAGACAACGCUCCGCUUGAUAUGAGCGUCAGACAGAGGGGGUUGCCACCAUCUUAUUCGCAGACGAUUAACAACCCGGGUUAUCGAUCCAGCUAUAGGCCGUCUGUUAUUCAGAACAACGCUCCUAAUAGAGAGGAUUUGCCUCCCGGCAUUUCAAUGUGCGACCCCAUCAUCGACGAACAUUUCCGUCGUUCUCUCGGCAACGACUACUUAACCCUCUUUUCCAACAACAACGUUUCCAAAGAACCGAUUCCAGUGAAACCUCCCCCGAAAGCACCGACGACGAACGUGAUCGAAUUGAUGGACACUGCUGGUCUAUCGGUGGACGAUCAUUUCGCUAAAGCGUUGGGGGACACAUGGGUAAAGCUGAACAAAAAAGAACAAGAAAUAAAAAACGGCACCAGUGAUAACCACAGUAUAGUUACGAUCUAAUGACUUGUUUGUGUAUUUGAUGUUUCAAUGUACGGUGUUAAGUGUAACUUUAUCGAAAUAAUGUACAAAUGUAUGUUAGAAGUAGGUGUAAUUGUACCGAAGGUCGCGAAAUAGCAUACAGAGAUUGAGGUUAGUUUCGGUUUUCAUUCAGGGAUCGAAUGACGUUUUUAUUAGUGUGUUAAGUUACGUUAAUUUUUUUAUUGAGAGCACAACCUGACAAAGGCUGCCUUCCAAUUAACCAGUUAUGAUUCCUUAAGUUCCAUUGUAAAUAGUGGACUGUCUUGUAUAUAGGUUCUGUAAAUACAAAAUGAUUAUUUAGUUCGAUGUAGAGGUAUUUAUGAGUUAGAUUACUUUGUUGCUUAGUUUUAAAGUUCGCAGUGUUACUAUGGUAUACGUAAGAAUGCAGCAAAAUGUGUUUAUAGCCUGAACUCACUUCACUCCAGGCAUGAAGCUUUCAUGUCUUAUAAUUGGAAUGUGAAAAGUACAAAGUACUGAUUUCCUAUAAUGCCUAACUUCAGUGACACAAUUAGUAAUGGUUAACAUUGUUCUAAUAAAAAUAUUCUUCUGAUAA